CUUUGUACGUUUUUUUUUUGAGUUCAAUUAGUUACGGAAGGAGGAAGGAUCGGAGGCUCGGAGCGAGUGGCGGAAUCUGAUGGGUUGCAUCUCCUCCAAAUUGUUCGCCGGCGUCGACCUUGGCGAGGACGUCUUAUUCGAUGAGGUCGAUAAUCCCGACGCCGGAGGCGUCUGUCCUAACCAUUUCGUCUCACUCACCUCUACCACCUACGGCGCCCUCAAACUUGACUAUGCGGACGAGAAACCCACCGUCGAAUCCGAAGCUCUUCCGAAACGGAGCGUCAGCGAAGAGGAGGCCAGGACGCCAGAUUUCUGCCCGCAACCUGACGAGGAGGAGGAGGAUCGCCCUUCGGAGGUCAUCGACGCACAGGAACUCAUGGGGGACCUCGCCUCCGAAACCCCCAGCAGGUCUCCGGCGCAGAGGAAGAAACCCCCGAAACCCUCACCGCCGAUGCACCGUUCUCCGGAAGUUAGGACCUCGACGUCGCCCGCUAAGCCGAGGAGGUGGCCCAUCGGAAAGGAGAACACCCCAUUGCGGUCGGAGCCCAAGAGGUCGCAUUUCGAAGCGCACCGUAUCGCCGAUCCAUUCCGUUCCCUGGACAACUCGCCGUGGAUCAGCUUGGUUUCGGCGAUGUCGAGGAAACGUACCCCCAAUAGCGAAAAGUGCAAAAGAUCCGAGAGGGGUUCCGGUGACUCGCGGUCGAGGAGGAGCUUGAGCCCCCUGUUCGACCCCGAACUCGUGGCUAUGUUCGAGCUGCAGCACUGCGAGGAGGGGAAGAAGAUUACUACGAGGACAGUGGACGAUAAGGCAUUCGAAGCUGCAACUUUGCUUCAGUCCUACGAGCGCAGGUGCCCCGGGGGAGGCGAGAACGCAGUGGUCCUCUACACCACCACGCUCAGGGGCAUCAGGAAGACCUUUGAGGACUGCAACGCGGUCAGAUCCCUGGUGAAGUCAUACGGCGUCCGCGUCGUGGAGAGGGACAUCUCCAUGGACUCCGGGUACAGGGAGGAGCUGAGGCUGCUGAUGGGGAAGAAGGAUGUCAAGGUCCCGUCGGUCUUCGUAAAGGGCCGGUGCAUCGGCGGCUUCGAAGAGAUAGCUAGAUUGGAGGAGGAAGCAAAAUUGGAGCCUUUGCUGGAGGGCUUGCCGAGCGCGGUCAAGCGGUGCGAGGGCUGCGGCGAUCUGCGCUUUGUCAUGUGCAUGGACUGCAAUGGCAGCUGCAAGGUGUUGGAUCCGAAGAAGAACAAGGUGAAGUGUGGAGAGUGCAACGAGAAUGGCUUGAUCCGCUGCCCCAUAUGCUGCUGACAACAGAUUUUUGCUUUCGAGGGCCGGGUGUGGAUAGAGGACGAAUUGGCAGAUAGCUAUAGGGGAGAAGAACCUCCACCAUCCCAAUUUGUAUGGGAGCUCCACGUUCAAAACACGCACGUCUCCAACCAGUGCAGUGUACCUGCACCCACACAGAUUAAUUCAUUGUGAGAGAGCAAGAUUAAAUCCCAGGUCCCCGCCGAUCGCAUUCAAAAGAGCUGGGUUGAGCUCACAGCAAUGGAAGCCAGCCCCACUUGGUGAAGCUCAGAGCUGCUGCUGCUGCUGCUGCUUUUACUACUACUCCUUCGUGCAACUAUUUCAUGAUCAUGAAAUCCCUGUUGUUGCUGUUCUUGUUCGCUGCGUCCUUGUUGGUGCUCCCGCUCAUUCUGCCGCCAUUGCCGCCCCCUCCCUCUAUGCUGCUGCUCCUUCCCGUCGGGCUUCUGGUUUUGCUCUUGCUCCUGGCUUUUGUGCCUUCCGACGUGCAACAUGUUGCACCCUCCUUCUCUCCCUUGUAAUUAAAUAGGCUUAAAUGGAGCAUGUUUGUCCCUGAGAUGGAAGUCUAGAGGUUUAAUCCUGACUUAGCUUGUAACUGAGUGUCUAACCUUCUCAUACGUUAUUCAACUAUCCUAGGUCAAUAAUUAUCAAUGAUUUAUUUCGUU